UAUGUAUCGAUAAUGGUGAAUUUAUGUCGUGUUGAAAUUCUUAUAUCGCUCGGAUUCCUCUUCCACGGAAUCACGUGUCCGGGCUAUGCGCACGAGAACGAGUAUCAAGGUGUGUGUCAUAUGAAUGUAGUUGCGGCGGUGGUUGGUACUUUCACGGGUUCAGUUGGUUUGGGUGUUGUUCACAGAUAUCGGUGGAAAAUGAUGCUUGUAAUGUGGUUGGUGCUCAAUAUCAUAUCGGCUGUCGGUAAUCUUCUGUCUGUGAUCACUGCAGGAAUAUGGCUCGACCAUCUGAGUAAAAUGAAAACGCGAACUGGUCUUGUGAACGGUCUCUCUGGAAUGAUGCUUCUUGCAUCUGUUGCUGUUGGCGUUUGUUACAUCUUAACGUCAGUGCUGUUAUGUCACUUUUGGGUAUCAAACUCGCCAAAGUAUCAAGCUGUUGGGAAAGUUUCGAUUCUAGUUUUCAAGGCUUUGAAACGUGGAAUGAUGUGCUUUCAGAAACGCUCGCGAUCUCUGCGACGUCGUGCAUCUCGUCCGAGUAGUGGUACCGAGAGACGUUCGAAGAACGACAAAUAUUCUCGAACUUUUAAUGUUUAA